AUGACCUCCAAUUCUAUAGUUCUCAAAACAAGCUCUCGGAGUUCUCAAACACGCACGCUUCUUCUCUGUUCUCAGUCUCACUCUGUUCUCUCACGCGACGGCGAGUCACGCCUCCGCCUCUCUCUGUCGAUUCACGGCCGCACGGCGGCGGCGCACGCCUCUGGAUCUCUCUCUCGUUCCUCGUUCGUGCCUCUUCCUGUUCUCCAAGACUCCAACGAACCAACAACGAAGCUCAGUGCUCUCCAUCGAACCAACAACGACAGUGCCUCUCCCUCUCAACUGAUUGAAGCUCUCACUCUCAGUCACUCACUCAAAGUCAAAACUCAAAAGAACUGGCAGGAUUGUUGGACUCUUGUUAUUGUUGGUUUAAGUAAUUUGCUGGACUUUUGCAAGGUGCUGUUUUGGCAAAUUGGACUAUAUUGUAAACUCUUCUAUUUCCAUGAGAAACUUUCUCUCAUGGUUUUAUCUAUAAUAUUUUUCUUUUAGUCUAUAA